CUCCGUUGCGAGUUUGUUUAAACAAAUAAAUAACAUGACAUAAACUACUAUUUUUUUUUAAUUUUCAUGGUGCAGUGCUGCGUUUAAAAAUAAAACUUGUUACGCAAGUGGAGUUUACUCUGUGUUAUUUUGUUUGGAUAAGGAUUAAUAGCGGCGGAAAGGAUGGCGGGAAUGAACUUACGGCUGGCGUUCGCCAUCAUAUCAGGCGGGUGUUGGUCGGCGUUCCAGCACGGAUACAACACGGGGGUGUUAAAUGCGCCACAGACAGUGAUGUCAGAAUGGCUCCAGAAAGACGCGCUCAGUGGAACCAAUUUAACCCUGUCAGCGAAAGAUGACCCCAAAGUGACCACGGUGUGGUCAAUCGCCGUCGCCAUAUACUGUGUGGGGGGGAUGAUAGGCGGCGUCAUCACGGGCGUGAUAGCAGACAGAUUCGGAAGAAAAGGUGGUCUGCUUCUCAACAACGUGCUCGUGUUUGUGGCGGUCGCGUUGGAAGGCUGCGCGAAGAUGGCGAGCUCGGCAGAAAUGCUUAUAGUUGGCAGACUCGUGAUCGGUGUAAACAACGGUUUAAACGCCGGUCUGGCACCGCUUUAUCUAUCUGAGAUAUCGCCCGUCUCGAUACGAGGAUCGGUCGGUACCGUCUACCAGCUGGUGAUAACAAUAACCAUACUGCUGUCCCAAGUCCUGGGCCUGGAGUCAGUUCUGGGCACCAGUAUGGGCUGGCCGUGGUUACUGGCCAUCACAGCGAUUCCAGCUGUCCUCCAAUGCUGCACACUGCCCCUGUGUCCUGAAUCACCCAAAUACCUCCUGCUGAACAAAGGGGCAGAGUUGCACGCGCAAAGAGCUCUGAACUGGUUGAGAGGAGAUGUAGCGGUUCACGGGGAAAUGGAAGAAAUGCACCAGGAAGCGGAGAAGAAUAAAGUCAGCAAGAAGGUGACCCUCCGGGAGCUCUUCAGCAACCGUUCCCUCCGCCAGCCGCUGCUGAUAGCAAUGGUGGUGAUGGUAGCUCAACAACUGUCAGGCAUCAAUGCGGUCAUCUUCUUCUCCACUGACAUCUUCAAAUCUGCCAACUUGAGCGAAAGUCAGAGCCAAUAUGCCACUUUGGGCAUGGGAGCAAUGAACGUGGUGAUGACCAUAAUUUCGCUGCUGCUGGUGGAAGUGGCUGGAAGGAAGACCCUAUUGCUGACCGGCUUUAGCGGCAUGACGCUGUGUUCCAUAGGACUUUGCGUUGCCAAUUUAUAUGUGACUAAAUACGUGUGGGUAUCUUAUUUAUGCAUCGCACUGGUGAUUCUCUUCGUGGUUAUGUUCGCAGUGGGCCCGGGCUCCAUACCCUGGUUCCUCGUCACGGAGUUAUUCAACCAAGCCGCGCGGCCAGCCGCAUCGUCGGUUGCGGUUACUGUUAACUGGACGGCAAACUUCAUCGUUGGACUCAGCUUUCUACCUCUCACCCAUCUUCUUGGAUCGAACACGUUCAUAAUAUUCGCCAUAUUGGAAUUCCUGUUCAUUUUGUUCAUCGCAUUCAAAGUGCCAGAGACGAAGAACAAAACGGUCGAAGAAAUCACCGCCAUGUUCCGACAACAAAUGUAGACUAUACAGGAAAUCAAGAUGGCGCAUUUCCCGCGCUUGUAGCUGUCAAAAUAAGUCACUUUACACUUAAUUAAAUGGCGUAUCUCCAGACGUUGUAGCUCUCAACGAAGUCACUAUACACGGAACAAGCUUGCGUAUGAAAAUUAAGCUUAAUUUGCUAUACGCCGCGAAAAGCAGGAGAAUCUGUAUGGUGUAAUUUAUAAUUUCUCCAAUCCUUAUGCUUAAUUUUCAUAACAUAUACUGGUUUUCCGCAAAGUAACGCCUGCUUCUAUCCAAAACAAGCUGGCAUAUUUCCCGCCCAUUUAGCUGUCAAAAAAAAAUCCACAUUACAAGAAAGAAUUAA